AUGGCUCCCACGUCGGCCGCUAUCGCUCUAAAGGAGGCAUGCAGUACGCAGCGGACUCCCGAGAUCACACGCAAAAUCACAGCUUGCGUUGCAUGUCGUAAACUAAAGAUCAAAUGUUAUAUGGACGAUGCGCGACCACCUUGCAAGCGAUGCAAAGGGCGAGGGCUUUCUUGCACGGUCAACAAGAGCAUACAGAUGAUCCUCGACAGUGACAUCGCCUGGAAAGAGGAGCUGGAACAGCGAGUCGCAGAUCUUGAAAGACGAUCAUCUGCUCGAGACGAUACUCGACCCGUAAAUCUUGAACCGUUCACUCAAGUACAACAACAUCCGCCAGUCGGUCAAUCCGAAGCACUGAACCCACCGCAGAGUACGAUAUUAGAUACCGCAAAGCGCGCGACCGCCCAGGCACGAGGCGGCUCAAUGCUCAAUCUCGCAUGCAAUCCUGGAUCCUUUCCUGGCUCAGCAUUAGUCGGUCAAUCCACCAACGACGAAGGCUACAGACCAAGUACGAGAGCGGAUCUGAUCGCGAAAGGCGUCAUCACGGAACGCACGGCGAUAGAGCUAUUCGAAUUCUAUGCGCUUCACCUCGACCACUUCGCCUAUAAUCUUUUGCCGGAGAAUGCCGAACUGCCAAGUAUUCGGUCAAGGUCUUCACUCCUGACUUCUGCCAUCUGCACUGUGGCUGCAUUCUGCAGCUCUGCCAAAUGCUACCAGGAGUGUCUUGCAUCCUUCCGUGAAGAGGUCAACGCAGAACUGUUCACAAGCCAACACACCUUCGAUGACGUCCGGGCACUGUGCAUUGGCUCCUUUUGGCUAUCUGAUCUGUCUACUGCGCUGUCGGCGCUCGCUGUUCGAUUCGCCGCAGAACUCAACCUGCAUCGAUGCAUAACGAAGAUGCCGCACACCAAUCCGAAGUGCUACGAUAGAACCCGUCUCUACUUUGUUGUCGUCAUUUGUGAUCACCAGUGUACGCUUGUUCGUGGUCGUCCACCCAUGACUCGUGCAAUGCGAUCGCUGCAGAACCCACGUGCUCUCCUCAAAAGCCGUCAUUCCGUACCUGCGGACAUCCGGUUGAUCAGCCAUCUGGAGCUCUGGACUCUCAACACUCGGAUGCUAGACAUCUUCGGUGCGGAUGUCGGGACACCAUUUCCAGUCGAGGAAAAGGCCGACGAGCUAUAUCAGCUAGCUAAGUACUUCGACCGCUGGCACAAGCAGUGGUCGGAUCUGGUGACAAGUCAAGACGACCUGGACAUGUCUACUGAUCCCACACUGGACCUCUACUAUCACAUCGCAAGGCUCUGUCUCUUUGCCCAUACCUUCCGGGGCGUCUCACCAGCGACACCCAUCUUUGUUCCAAGAAGUUCCCAAAGCAGGACUGACAUAGCAGAGUUUGCCAGCCACGCGGUCGACAGCGCCAUCGCCAUCGUCACCCGGUUUCUUGAGACUCACGCACAAGCGCCCGUACUCCCAACCUACUUUGCCACCUCACUAGCUUUCGCAGCUGUCAUACUUGUGACAGUAUGUUCAAGGACAAUGUACUCGACGUUCUCAGACCUCAGCGACCCGAAAAAGCACGAAGCUCGGAACGCAGUAACGCAGCUCUGUGGUCUGCUCACUGGACUUUCGCUGACACUCAGUCCUGAACAUCCGCUGUGUGUUAUUGCCAAGGGCCUUCAGCCAGUGCUCCAAAGCUUGUCAACGACUCACCAGACUGCACCUCGGAUAGAGGUUGCCACGAUUCCGGCCGGUAACGAUUUUGAUGGUGGUCUCUUCACCAGUAGGGAGUUCUCUCCUGAUUCUCAUUUUCAGGUCAACGGCCCACACUAUCAACAGAUGCCGGAUGAUCCGAUGCUAACAACUGUGGGAGGCCAGCCCGUGAUGUUGCCGUCGACGGCAACAGAGAUCGACUGGUCACUGUUUCCAGUCGACUUUUCCGCAGAGUUUCCGGACUUCACAAAUGUCUGA